AUGACCGUCACGUCCCGCCUUAGCCGGGGUACUCGAGGUGGUGGUGUGGGGACACCGUCGCCUCAUCACAACGAGUCCCCGGGCGGACCGUGGUGCGCAAGCACUCCUGCGCACGGCGGCAUAGCUAGGCAUGGCCUAGGCAAGCCCCUAGGGGCCUAUGUUCGGCCUGUGGGACGCAAUGGCGUCCCCAAAUCAGAGGAGACAGCUACAUAG